AUGUUUACUCCUGGGGUUGGGAGGGUGAAGAGAAAGAUUGGGGAGUUGCAGGGGCUGGAGGGGACGCCGUUUGAGGUUAGGAUUGGGAGGGUUGGGGGGGGGAGACGGGGUAAGAAUGGGGAGGUGGGCGGGGGUGGUGAUGCGGGGGUUGAUGGGGUGGAUGGGGUGGAUGUCAAGGAGGAGGAGGAGGAGGAGGAGGAGGAGGAGGAGGAGGAGGGGCUCGAGGGGAAAAAGAGCGGGAAGAAGAGCAAGAAGAAGAAGAAGAAGAGAAAGUCGCUGGUUGUGGUGGGGAUUGGGGAUGCCGGGAUGGACAGGAUGGAGGAGAUGUUUCCUGAUCUGCCCAAGCCGUUGGCGGCUGUGGGUGAGGAGGACCCUUGCCGCCGUGAUUCUUUGCCCUCUGAGAUGGACGAAGCGCAAGAUUGUAGUCAGAUGGAGCUGGAUGGCACCCUCGGUGUGGACUUUGGCAUUCACGAGGAUGAUGAGGCUGAUGAGAAGGGAGAUGAGGAGGUCAAGGAGUUUAUUGAGGAGGUGUUUGCCCGGCCGGAGUUUGAGUACCGUGUUGGAGAGGAGAUUGGAACUGACGGGAGUGGGGUGAUGGCUGCUGCUGAGGAUUAUUUGGAUCGGGAGGAGUCGCCUGGUACCUUGUCGUCUACCACACCCAGCAACACUGCCGAAAACGACGACGUCACGGCUAUCAAGUCGCUUUUGCACUCUCUCGACACCAAAAUCUCUGCUCUUGCUUCUGAGAGUGCCGGUCAGGACAUGCAAAACAAGAUUGGUGACGUCCAAAAGGACCUUCGCGGGGCCUACGACGGGAUGGUGAGGCUUUCUGGACGGCUGGACAGGGAUGAGAUGCGGGCGGCGGUCAGGCAUGAGAUUUUGUUCAACGGGAUGAAGAGCAUUGUGGGGGAGCUGGGGGCUGUGAGGAGGGAGCAGGAGGCGGUGAUGAGGCAUUUGGGGCUGGAGGCGGAGAGUCCAUUGGCGGUUGGGAGGAAGGAUAAGAAUAAGGAGGGGAAGAAGGCGCUGGAGAGUUGUUUGAGGACGUAUCUAGAGGGGAUGGGGAGGGCGACGAAGAGGGAGGAGGUGGUGGAGAAGGGGCUGUUGGCCGUGGAGUAUGCGGGGAGAGUUUUCGGGGGGUUGUGA